UACAGUGGAUGCCGCAGAGGAAGGAGCAACAAGGCAAGAGAGGCCUACAGAGGAGUGCAUGGGAGGUACGGCCACCAGGAUCCAUACAGCAAACUUCUAAUUGCUUAAUUUGGUCUUCUGAGUGGAUCUACCCAGCAGGAGAAGUGCUCUGUGCAAAAUGUCUGGUAGUAGUUUUCUUGCCAUGCUGGGCCAGAGGUUUCCUGCUACAGCCAGGGGAUGCGCACUGGGGAUGUAAGGCAGAUCUGCCACCUCAGGAAUGGGUCUCGAAGGCUGACCUCUCGGAGAAGAUCCAACAGUUUCAGUGCGUGUACCCUACCCAGCAUCCCUGAAUACCCAGGUUUCCAGGAUGUCAAGAUUUCACCAUAUAGCUGCAGAGUGUUGGCCACUGGAAGAAAAGGAAACAGUCCAAAGAUGGAGAUAUCUCAUCAUGGUCUAACCCUAGCCCAAGAUACCAGCUACUCUUUGGGGCCGCAUUCUACAAGGAGUCAUCCAAACACCAAUGGAGACUUUGUGGACCAAAGCCUGGAAGACUACUUCAGCCAAAGGUUGACUGACCUCAGGAACUACAAGGUCAAAGGGCCCAACAUGAAGGCCCAGGGAGGGGCUGUGGCAUCUUCCCUUCCCUCCCCUCCUUUCAGGACCCUGAGAAGAAGCAGCAGCUGUGGUCCUGACUUGUUAGCCAGCCAAGUCAAAGAGCUGACAGAGCCCUAUAUCACAGAGGCCCAGGCUCCUGAUCUUCCACUUAGCUUUGAUCCACAAGAAAGUCAAGGGGGGCUAGAUUUUUGCAGCAAGAGCAGCUACCUGGAUGUAUUGAUUUUGAAUGCAAUUGCCCCAUUAGAAAUGCUCAAGCAGGUGAAUAUCAGGCCCUAGAAUUGCUCUAGCAAGGGUUAGUAGAUGGGUUGUUGCUAGACAAUCGUUAUAACAGACUCAACUGGCGAUUGUUGUUGCGAUGGGUGAUAGUUGCACGUUGAACCCAAUUCCCUUCCAUCACUGUAUACUUCCUCUCUCUUCACCUGAUUCUGAAGACUUGUCUUGUGGUCACUAGCCCCUCUCAUCUAGCACUGGGAGCCCUGCCUCUCCCUCACCCUGGUAUGGGAGAAAAAUAAAGGUCACCAAGCCCUGCCCUAGAGAGUCACUGUUUUUGGAGAUCUGAAUUUUUCAUUAGGAUGUAUGCCUGGACAAUUCCAUCCACUUACUUAUUUUUAAU